AUGGAUAAGUUGAUGAUGAUGCUAGACAAGAAGAAGCUGGAAGCAUUAGAAGAGGAGUUCUCUCAGCAUCCAGAUGGAAUAAAGCUAGGUAACUUCGUGUGGCUGAUGAAGGCGGCAGUUAACCACACUGAGGAGGAGAAGUUCGAUCUGGUUUAUGGAUUGCAAAAGUUGUUCGCAGAAAUCGAUAUCAAUGGAGAUGAACAUAUGGAGUGGACUGAGUUUACCUAGUAUAUCAUAGAUGCUGUCAUCUAGAAUCCAUCUAUCAAGGGCAGUGGUGGCAAGAACAGAGACCUGCUGCAAGAGACAAAGAUGAUGAAAUACAGGAAGUACUUUCCAAGCAAGUUCAAAGACAAGAGCAGUCACAACUCUUGGAUAAAAAACGUAGUCUGGUGUUAGAAGUUCUAGUCGCUCCUAGUCAUUGAGAACAAUCAGAAACAAAUCAAGCUGCUCAACCCUUAUGAUCUUACUCAGAAAAUGAUUAUAAACUUGCCCCCUUCAAAGAAAGAGAUAUAUAUUGCAGACAUAGACUACUCUAAUGAACAUGUCAUGAUAUGCAAAACGCUUAAGUCACCAUGCUUGUAAUACAAGAUUAGAUACCUUAAGAAUCACAAGACUUGGGUAACGAUGGGAUAAGAUAAUGUGAUUAGAGAAUACGAUCUUACAAGACCUGAGCCCUUGAUUCUCUCAAUCGAUGUAUUUGAUUAUUAUUAUAAUUACUUAAAGGGACACAAAGAUCUUAUCUUAGACUUAAUAGAGCUGACAACUCCAUUUGCCAUCGCGUCAGCAUCUCUAGAUUCAACCAUUAGAAUAUACUCUUUGGUAGAUAAAGAAGAAAUUUCAGUCUUAAGGGAGCAUGUAAAAGGUGUCAAAUAGCUUUCCUAUAAUCCUAACUUUGGCGGUUUCAUUUUAAGUGUUGGAUUUGAGAGGAAUGUAAAUGUAUGGUCUCCAGAAGUGACUCAGAAGAAAUCACUUAUCGGUCGAUUGGAAGGUCAUACAGAAAUCGUUGUUUGUGCUAAGUUCUUGAAUUUCAAGCCAUUUUGUGUUUCAAUAGACGAAAAGUUUAAUUUCAGAUUCUGGGAUGUUAGGACGCUGACCUGUGUUUAAGUCAUUACUAAUGAGAUCAAUUCAUAGGUCCCUAUCUAUGGAAUGUACAUGUACCCACCUUAGUCUGAAUAGGAGAGAUUCGCUAUACUAUCUAAAAGACUGCUGUUUUACGAUACCAAAAAGAAAGAACCACAGUAACAGAACAAUGCUAAAGGAGCAAAUGACUAGGUUAAUCCAAUUAGAGCUGAAUUUAACAGAUAUUACCUGAAUUUUUCAAUUGUCACACCCCACGACAUCAGAAUAUAUAAUGCCAAAGAUGGAAAACUUCAAAAGAUCAUUUAAAAUAUUGUAGAUCCUAAAACUAGAUCUCCUAUCACUUCAUUUUGCAUGGAUGACAGACAGAGAAAAUUUUAUGUGGGUGAUUCAGCUGGAGGGAUCAGAACAUAUAAUAUAAGUAAUGGUGUUUUCAUAAAGACUGUGUAACACCCUUUCCAGAAGAACGUUUAGAAGACCUUUGAAUUGGUAAAUGAAAUGGACUCGCACGAGAUAUCAUCACUACAAUAUAUUAAUAUGGAGAAUCAUAAUGUGCAGCUGCUGGUUACAUCAUCAUGGGACUCAUCUCUCUAGAUAUAUGAUGAAGGUGAAUAGCCUGAUGAAAGCCAUGUACUGAGAGUAGCAGUAGGGGGACAUGGAAAAGAAGACAUAUCUUGCAUGAGUAUCUGGGAUUUCGAGUCUAAUAAGGUAGAAAAUUAUUGCUUAGAGCAUUCUAAGUCUAUAUCAUCUUUGUAUUUUAUGUAUCCUCUAUCGGUACUGGUUUCAUCUUGCAAUGAUGGAUAUGUGUGCUUCUGGGGUUUAAAGCAAGCACCAUUAGAUUAUAGAUACAAACUUCUCAAAAAGUAAAGAAUAUUCUAUGUAUAAUUAAUCAUUAUCAGGAUAGCUAACAAUCUUGAGGAUCCUGAAGCAUGCCUAAUGAAGGUGAAUAUCACUUGCGCUAAAACCAAAUAUGUGAAAGUUUAUGAGAAAGACAACCCUAUAAAAUCUAACAUUCUGCCAAUCAUGCUCAUUGGAGAUGACAAUGGCUUUGUUAAUUAAUGGGAUCUAACGCCAGUCAUUAAAGAGUUUAGAGAGCAGAAAGGUUUUAAAGAUGUUCUUUCAAUCAGCAAGUAUUAACUGUCCUUUAAUCCCAAGAAGAAUGCUCAAGUAAACUCCCUAAGUGCUGCUAAAACCCUAAUUUUCUUUGCGUAACCUAUUCUCAAACAUCACUCAACUACUUAUAGUGAGCAGAAAUAGAAGAAAUUUGAAGUGACACACAGUACUGGAUUUGUCAAAAGAGCACAAUGGUUUGCACAUCAUGCUUAGCUAAAUUCAAUAAAUUUCUUAGAAAACCCAGAUGGGGUCUUAACCUGCUCAGCUGAUCGCCAUGUUAAGCUCUGGUCUCUCGAUGGUGAACUAUGGGGAGAUAUCAACUUGCUGAAAGAAAACUGCGACAAAAAAUGGAUUUAUCCCUUUGAUUGGUCUGAGAAGAAAGCUAAGGAAAUCGAGAAGGUCAAAAAACUUAUGGCUAUAGUAUCUCCAAAUCCUGACAAAAAUGUGGAAGAAUAAAUCGUAUUCGAAUAGAUGCAGAAAAAAGAAAAGGAUAAAAGGGAGAUAAUUGAUUAUUUGGCUAAAAGACAGAGAAGAAUGGAUCUUGAGCAAAAUCUAAAAAGAUAGCAUGAGAGGCAAGUCAUGCUUUAGAAUCAAGAGCAAAUGAGAGUUUAGUAUGUGUCUUAGCAGAUGAAAUACUCAGAGAACGUGUGCAUAGACAAGUAUAAAUAAGAUAUGGACAGAAUGCAAGAAGAAAGCUAUCAUGGAUUAUUGAAUAAAUACCCAGUGCUUUAGGUUAUGGACCAGAGAUUCAAAGGUCUAAUUGAAGCUUCACUUAAUGGAGAGAAGAUCAAAGAUAUCUUAUCCCAUAACUAAGAGAACUUCAAUCGUCAAUAGACAACAGGAAAGAGUAUACGAAUGAGAAAAUCAGAUAGUACCACUAAUCUAUAAGUUGGUUCAAAUACGCCCAACACUCCCAAGAAGACUAUCAAGGUAAGCUACCCGAAGCCAAUUAUUAACAAGAAGGACAAAAACAAGGAGUUCAAUCAUUCGAUGUUUCACAAGCUGGCUGGCAAUAAAUCUAUGCAGCAACUGCUAUAGAUGAACUAAAUACAGCCAUAAUUAGUAGCUGGACAGUUCGAAAGGGAUUUGAUAUAAAGCAGACAGAGCAAUUAAAGCUAGAAGCAGCUCAGUGAAACCAAAUCCUUAACUAACAAGGUCACCUUUAAUGACUAAAGUGCACUGCAGAAUACUUAAAAAUUUGAAUUCUACAAUCCUUAGUAACAACAAAAAACUAGCACGGCUUUGAAUUAUACUUCUAAACUUAAGGUAUUCACACCCUUGUAAAAACAAAGCACUCCUACUAAUCUUAAAGGAGCUCUCUAAUCAAUGAGAAACACUCUCACAUCAGCCAUUUUAAUGAGUCCUUCUAAUAACUAAUAAAACUAGAAAGAUAAAAAUAUGAUAUACAGAAACCAAUCAUCUUAAAACAUCAGUUAAUUUGAGACUAGACCAUUUACUGUAUCACAAAGCUAAGCUCAGAUUUCAACUUUACAAUCAAUUAUGAAGGAUAAGUUUUUACCAGAAAAAGAUAAAAAUACUGAAAGAAUCUAAGGUAGUGCAUUAGCAGUUGGACUAAGCAGUCCUCACUCAUUUAACUCUCCUAUUGAUUUGGCAAUUAAGUCAAGCAAACUAGCUCAGUCAUAAAGAAGACAAUCAAUGAAAAUCGCUGCAUUAGCCAAUUAAGUCAAAGCCUCUUCUGAAAAUCUUGAAUAUUAGAUUAGGAAAGACUACUUGAGGUAAAAGGAAUUUGAAAAUCAAUAGUCCAUAAGUUAAGCAGCAUCCUAGCAAGAUGUCAAGUCUUAGGUCUCCUCUCCUUAGCAGCCUUAAAAGACUAAAACAAACGCUAAAUCUUUGAAAACCUUAGCUUCCCCAAAAUAACGAAGGUGCAUUAUUGGAUUUGAAGGAGGCACCUCUCAUUCAAGUGCUAAAUUCUUGAAGAAGUUGAAUAACUUUAUUUCUCAGUCGAAUGGACCACAGUCUUAGAUAAGUGAGAGAAUGCCAAAUAUCAGAUAUGCCAAAGGUGAAGGAAUGAGGUUACUCAAGAUAAAAUACAACGAUGUUUAGUUUGACAACAGAGUCCUUCAUACUGAUGAAUAUGGUUAUAAGAGAAAAGAGCCAGACCCCCACCUUUACAAUAUAUUUAAGGAUAGAAAUGACCAUGAAUUAUGA